UCGACACUGCGCCAUGCUCCCUUCCGCAGAAGAGCAGGGAGUAAACCAAGUAUAGUUUAGAGGAUGUUGAGACUGUCUCUUGAGCUCUCACUGAAGCAUUAAAAUUUCUGAAUCGGCAAGAAGAUUCGAACCAGUUUCGAAGAAUCGUUAGGUCAUGGAAACUUCAAAGAAAGAAAUAGUAAUCAAGAGGGCGGAUGAUCACUGGGCUUUCCUGGAACAUAUUGAGGCCCCAAUGUGGGCGGAUCUGACUUUAGAAGCAAAGUCUGGGGGUGAAGACAUAAAUGAUGACUGGUUCAGCGAAAGCCACCUGUUCCACCAGUGGUCUUCACAUCAGUUAAAAUCUAAAUUUUCUAAAUCUGGUGAGGAGAUAGUGGCAUCAGAACUUGACUCACAAGGACCACCUUCGCCAGAGCAUCCAUCUUCAGUCUCGAGAUCAAGAGGAAAACACUAUGGGAGCAUGAAGUGGGGGAUUAAUCUGGAUGUUUUGUUUGACAAGCAGCUUCCAGCUAUGGGUUUUAGCAGGAGAUGCUUCCAGAAAGUCUCUGGCUUUGGUCCGGAAGUGAAAUCCAAAGCCUAUGAGAUCAAGUCAAAAGGAACGUCAAGUGCAAAAUUGGGAUUGGUUUCUGAAUGCAAUGCAAGUAGGAAAACCUUAUCGAAUUGUACCAAGUCCAUGGCUACUCGUAGGAGCCUAGUGAAUAGGCCAGGUUCCAUGGAAAAUAAGACCGGUGGGAGUAAUUCAAGAAGUACAGUUACAUCUGAGUAUACUCAGCGACAGGAGAACUUGACGGAGGUAUCUAGUAAACCAUAUGGUCAGAAAAGCCAACUUUCUUUCAGGAAUAGUACUAGCGUUAGGAAAAGCUGUGCUGUGGAAAAAGCAUCAAGAGUGGAUAUUAAUGGUGAUAGCAAGAAAUCAAGGGCACGUAAAUCAUCUCAUGGAAAGUCUAGUGUUGGCUCAUGUUCAAACACUGUUCCAGAUGGGAAAGAGGUGGCCUUUCUGAAUCCUGAAUCUAGGAGCAGAUACAAGCUUCCCAACAUAUCCAGGAAAUCUACUGUUCAUAUUGAGGAACCGAAACUGCUUGACAGAUUGGGAACUGCAGUUGAAUUUGCGAAGCCAAGUUGCCAUAAAGCUACAAAAUCAUUGUUCCACCGUCAGAUUGUACGUUCAAGGGCUCGAUUAGCUGCCAAUAAACAAAAUUCUUCUGCUAGUGCUACAAUGGAGCAAGUGGAAAAUGGCAAGCUUAAUGGUUUAGCUGGCGAGAGAAAUGAGAACACCGCAAGUUCUGCAAGUUAUGUAGCAGUACAUCGAAAAAGCAGUACAAGAGAUGUGCCUGCUGGGGGGCCGCCCACAGACCAGAGAAUCACAGAACGCAACAUUCUGCAGAAGAGUACCAGAGCAGGAUUAGCUGCUUUGCAAAUGCAGGGAAAGGCUGCGCAUGAUGCUAAAAAUGCUACCCAUCUGUCCAGAAGGAUCUACUUUAGAUAAGGUUAGAGCUACAUACUAUGACCCUGCGUAUGGUGCAAUAUGAGUACGUCUCCACAAUUCUUUUUUUUUUUUUUGGUCGCUCCACCGUAUUGAACGUGCACGUUUGUAAAUGGACACUUUUCUUGGGUUGCUUUUCAAGCCCAUUUUACAAACCCUUCACAA